GAAAAAGGGCAGCCUCUGAAAUGGGCAAGAUGUUGGUAUAUAGCCUGUUGGUUUUUGCCCUUGCAUUUCCUGCAGGGCACGCUGGUUCAUGUGAACAAGCUUCAAUUUCUGAAAAGAAGGAAAACAUUUUGAACCUUCUGGCAUGCUGGACAGAGGAUAAGACAGACAACAGCAGGUCCCGUUUCAGUGGCUCUCCAACUGGUGAUAUGAGCUAUGGAUACAGGAGCUGCAAUGAAAUCAAGAGCUCAGACCCAUCAGCUCCUGAUGGCAUAUACACACUGGCCACUGAGGAUGGUGAAUCCUAUCAAACCUUCUGUGAUAUGACAACUAAUGGGGGUGGUUGGACCUUGGUGGCCAGUGUUCAUGAGAAUAACCUGUACGGGAAGUGCACUGUGGGGGAUCGCUGGUCCACACAGCAGGGAAACAAUAUACAAAAUCCAGAAGGUGAUGGAAACUGGGCAAACUAUGCCACCUUUGGGCUACCUGAAGGAGCUACAAGUGAUGACUACAAGAAUCCUGGCUAUUAUGACAUCCAGGCUAAAAAUCUGGCUUUGUGGCAUGUGCCCAACAACACUCCAAUGGUUAACUGGAGGAAUUCAUCAAUUCUGAGAUAUCGCACACAGAAUGGAUUUUUUACUGAUGAGGGAGGAAAUUUGUUUCAACUCUACAAGAAAUAUCCAGUAAAGUAUGAUAUUGGUAAAUGUCUAGCAGACAAUGGACCCGCUGUGCCUGUAGUCUAUGACCUUGGCAGUGCAGAGAAGACUGCAUCUCUCUAUUCACCAAAUGGAAGAAAUGAGUUUACAGCGGGCUUUGUCCAGUUCCGAGUUGUCAACACUGAGAAGGCUGCACUUGCUCUUUGUCCAGGGGUGAAGGUGAAAGGCUGCAAUGCAGAACAUCACUGCAUUGGAGGAGGCGGUUACUUCCCCGAAGGAAGCCCCAGACAGUGUGGAGACUUUUCAGCCUUUGAUUGGGAUGGCUAUGGGACACACGCAGGAUGGAGUGCAAGCAAAGAGAUUACCGAGGCAGCUGUGCUGCUCUUAUACCGUUAAUGUCAUGCAAUGUGGUUAUACAUUCUGUCAGAUUAAAAAAAUUACAAUUAAAAAA